GAGCCCAAGAAGACCAAAGAGGCCGGCAUUUUGGACUGCUUCGGUGCGGGUGCGAAGUCCAAUCCAGCUCGAUGUGUCGUCGUUGGCCUUCUCCAAAAAACGGUCAACCUUUCCCGUUUUACGCUUUGCUCUGUGUGAUUGAAACUUGAAAGGCAGGAAGAGAAAAGAAUUCCCAAAAAUACCUAACAAAAUAAAGGAUAAACCAGAAGGUAACGAAAUUUUGAUACAGCCAAGGAGUUUUCCGUUUUCAUGGCUGAGAGGGAGUCUUGAGGGAGGGAAUGACCAGUAUGACUCAGCUUUGCCGGAAAAUCGUCCACUUCAACGUUAAAUGGAGGCUUCUCGACCGAGUUGUGUUGUUCCGCAGAUUCUUUCGAUUCCUAUGGGACCGAAUUCUUAUGUGUUCUUUGGGGAAGCCACCCAGGUACCGGCGGUUACCGCGCGGCCUCACUUCCCCGUCUCCGACCACGAACGAGGGCGAUAUGGUGUUACGGGAACGGGUAUCGACUUCCAGCGAUUAUGAUAUGGAUUCGGACUUGGUGAGUCUGAAGAUUAGCGUCUUGGGUGAUUGUCAGAUUGGGAAAACUAGCUUCGUUAUUAAGUAUGUAGGAGAAGGGCAAGAACAGAGAAGCUUGCAGAUGGCGGGAUUGAACUUGAUGGAUAAGAUAUCGUUUGUUAGAGGUGCCAGGAUUGCUUUUAGUAUUUGGGAUGUAGGAGGGGAUUAUCAGUCUCUUGACCAUGUCCCAAUUGCAUGUAAAGAUGCAGUAGCGAUUUUGUUUAUGUUUGAUCUUACUAGUCGAUGUACUCUAAACAGUGUUAUAGGCUGGUAUCAAGAGGCAAAGAAAUGGAAUCAGACUGCGAUUCCUAUACUAAUUGGGACCAAGUUUGAUGAUUUCAUCCAUCUUCUUCCAGAUCUCCAGAGGACAAUAGUGACCCAGGCAAGAGCUUAUGCGCGGGCUAUGAAAGCUACGCUCUUCUUUUCGAGUGCCACUCACAACAUAAACGUGAACAAGAUCUUCAAAUUCAUCACAGCCAAGCUCUUUAACUUGCCCUGGACAGUGCAGAGGAAUCUGACAAUCGGAGAACCCAUAAUCGAUUUUUAAUGGUUUCUUUGUUAUAGACAUCUCACUGGCAGACAAUCUGUAAAUAGAAACUCCGAUGAUCAGUCGUCGGAGCUCUAGUCUUCUGUAACAAGUUAACAACUAGUCUUUUUUUUUUUUUGAAUUUGUAUGGUGGGAGGGAGUUGUUGAGAGCCCUAGUUUCCUUUUUUUUCUUUUUUUGGUGAAGUUUCCAUGUCUCGAUAUCACCGUCAAGUGGUGUUAAUACAUUUUCCAACAAAUGUAGCAAGUAGCCUUCUCGUCGGAGGGAAGACAAUGACCAAACGUAAUGGUACAAAGAUUACAAUACUUCUUUCCGCAUUAAAUGAAUCCCUUGCUGUGUUUGGUUUGACAGAAAAUUGGAGCUGCAAAUGUAUCUGAUUGUCCGAAUUCUCAAAAUUGAA